CCUUUACGACCUCACAAUAUCGCCCGGAAAACAAUCUGCAUUGCAGCAAUCUCACCAGCUGAAAACCUUCCCCCGCACGCCUCGAGCUCGUCCGUGAGCCAACGUCAUUGUGAUGGAAGGGGCUACGACGACGAGUGUGGAGACCACGAUGGCUCCUCUGAGCUCGCCGACAUUGCGGCGUAAAGAAGACACGACCGCUGAUACUCGAACCACGCAGAAGCAAGCACCUGCUUCGGCAGCUGCUCCCACGACGGCUCGCCCGAACAAGCUGAGCGGAAAAUACCGCCACGUCGCGGCUGUACACUCCAUGACAAGACCAUCAACUCUGAGCCAUGAUUCGCAAGCGGCGCCUAGCUUUCUCGGCUUCCGAAAUCUCAUGGUCAUUGUCCUCGGUAUGAUGCUAUUGCGUUUAGGCAACCGGCCUUGGACUCACGCUGACCCAUGGCAGUUGUUGGAAACCUUCGGUUGAUGAUUGAGAACAUGCAAAAGUACGGAAAUCUCAUAUGCAUCACAUGCCACGACUUUCGACGACAAGAUCUAAUCCUAGGAGCACUCCUAUACGUGACGAUACCGUGCUUCUUGUUCAUCGCCUACUCGUUGGAAUUGAUUGCUGGUUCCCGAGCUCGCACAUCAAAAUCCCAGGCGGCCGACAAGGAUGGUGCGAGCAGCCCGACAGAGGAGCAGAAGACCAAGUUUCAGACCACCUGGCGGACGAUCAGAGCGCUGCACACUGUCAAUGCGACUAUCGCGCUCGCGCUUACAAGCUGGGUCGUAUACAACUUUAUCCAUCAUCCCUUGAUCGGCACGGCCACCGAACUCCACAUCAUUAUCGUGUAUCUGAAAAUGGCGUCGUAUGCGCUCACCAAUAGGGAUCUGAGACAUGCUUAUCUUCAUCCAGUCAAGGGGGAGCUUGCAGCAUUGCCAGAUCUGUACGAGAGCUGCCCGUACCCGAACAACAUCACACUGAGCAACCUGGUGUAUUUCUGGUGGGCCCCCACGCUCGUCUACCAGCCAGUCUACCCUCGUACCGAAAAGAUCCGAUGGAUGUUUGUGGCCAAGCGUCUAGGAGAAGUUGCGUGUUUGAGCGUGUUUAUCUGGUUCAUCAGCGAGCAGUACGCCGCGCCUGUCCUCUGGAACUCGCUCGAGAAGGUCCACACCCUUAACUGGGUUGGGAUGCUGGAGCGCCUCUUCAAGCUGUCCACAAUCUCGCUCGUUGUCUGGUUGGCCGGCUUCUUCGCCAUCUUCCAGUCCAUGCUCAACGCCUUGGCUGAAAUCAUGCGCUUUGGAGAUCGCAACUUCUACGACGAUUGGUGGAACUCUGCAAGUUUGGGCGAGUACUGGCGUCUGUGGAACAAACCCGUGUAUCAGUUCAUGAAACGGCAUGUAUACAUGCCCAUGGUGGGUAGGGGUUACAAAAUGGGCCAUGCCAGCAUCGCCGUUUUUGUCGUUUCGGGCAUCCUGCACGAACUCGCUGUGGGCGUGCCGACGCACAACAUUAUUGGUGUUGCAUUCCUCGGCAUGAUGAUCCAGCUCCCGCUCAUUGCGAUAACCUUACCCCUGGCCAAGAUGGGCGGCUCUAACGGCAAGCUUAUCGGCAACAUUGUGUUCUGGGUUUCAUUUACCAUCUUUGGCCAGCCCUUUGCCGCGCUCCUCUAUUUCUAUGCAUGGCAAGCCAAAUACGGUUCCGUCAGUAGGUCGAUGAUGCCGAUGGGGCAAAACGUCGGACACUGAGCACCAGCGAGAUGCUCGGCUAUAUAUUAUCGGGGAGGGACCGGGACGGUGAGGAAGACCAGAUUUACACAACAUGUGGCUCCUUCACCAACGGACAGCGUUGUUGCCGUGUUAAUAGUGC